ACCCACUUCUAGUCAGUGACGCUGAGCUGCAAAACAACAAGCCUCUCCUUCAGCUUGCUUCAAAUUUGUAUCCAUACGAACUGCAUUGUUUUUUGUUUGUUUGUUUGUUUCUUUUGGGGGGGGGUGGGAUUUUUUCGUUUUUGUGUUGUUGUUUUUUUUGUUUUGUUUUUUUUUACAUUGCAAGAGAAGCUCUGCGUCCUCCAGGCACAACAAUGAACAUGAACUCCGGAAGCAGGCACUGAGACGAGACAGAGAUGCUGAUGUCUGGGACUCUCCAUCGCCUCCUCCUGGCUGGGACCUGUCUUUGUGUCUAUGGAACCCCAGUCCACCUCCCAAAAUUCACUCCCACGCAGGACAGCGGCUGUGAUGGGGAGUGUGCCAGCCCAGUAAAAACUGUCAGCUCAACACACACCACGGAUGUGAAGUCUAAUCCCUCUGAUACACAACAUGGGACCGGCCUGAUAUUGAAUGAAGGUGCAGGAGGAGGGGCUGGCCCACAUGGACGACCUCAAGGGAUAGCUCCAGCGGCACAGACAGAAAAUGCGGACAGCCUCAAUGGAAGAUCUGGGGCGAGUGAGGCUGGCGGGGAGGCAUGGAGCCAAAGGAGCAAAGUAAGGAAGGUCGGGAGCUCAUCUGAGAUGGGAGAUGCUAAAAGACAGUCGGAGGCAGCUUCAGUGCUGUCUGUGGAAUCAGAGAGUGCUGAGGAUGACAAAGCUGUCAUCAGUGAGCAUAACUCAGCUUCUACAGGUGGGAAAAAGCAGCUGGACAUAGAUAUGAGUACUUCAAGAUUGACUCCAGGUGGAUUUCUGGCCUCCUCUACAAUACCACCACAGCUGGAGACUUCAUACAGCCAAAAGAACAACCAAGGUGGAGUUGAUAGAACAAGACUCCCUGGUGGAGGGGAUUCCCUCCAGGAUAAAGACCCAGAAACAAGCUUGCCAUCCUUUACAGAACCUCCAAACCCUUCAGCAUGGAUCCAGAGACUGACUUCCCACAGUCCCAUUCCUCCUUUGGUCUUUGUCUCCCCUCAGACCUCCACCCCUUUGACAAUUUGGGGCCAUGAUGGAGCUACAAUACAAUCACUCCCUGACCCCUUGUUACCUGACAUCGGACCAAACCUCAUGUCCAGAGAGGAUGGACCAGAAAGCCUGUGGACUGAGGCAGCGAGACCUGGUGGAGUGGACACUGUGGUCCCACUGUCUCAGGAUGAAGCCACAGAGGGCACCAUGUCAUCAGAGGCUCUCCCUCUCAUCUUUGAGCCUUUUGAAGAUGUCACACCAGAGGGGGCUGCAGCAGCAACAGCAGUAGUCACACCGGUGCCCGGCAGCGUUCGGCCUCCUGUUGCCACGGCGACCGGAGGAAUGCCUCUGUCAGAGGUGGACCUGGACCAGCUGGUCACCGUGGAGACAGACAGCAACGGUCCCUCACAUGCCCCACCCCUGCUGAUGCCAGACUGGACGUCACCUUGGCAGACGUCUGGAGGCGAGCUCCUGGAACCAAUCGGCACCUCAGUUCCGUCGGUUUCACAGUGGCAAGCCGGAACUGAGCAGGAGGAUCGUUCUGAGAGAGUUGCUGUGAGGACACUAAACCUGGAAGAGAACUUGGCCACCAUUGGCCCCUCCCUUUCAUCCCUCCAGCAUGCAAUGAUAGCAGUUACCAUGGCAGCCCAUCAGCCUGUGCACAAAUCUAUAUCAGGGUUAGAAGAGAUGAACUCUGAGGAGGAGCCAGAUGAGGAUGAAGAGGAUGAGAACUCUGAGGAAUCGGUGGAAGAAGAUAGCGAGGAGAGCAUGCCAGACACACCUAAAACAUCCUCAACACAGCCGCCAUACAGCCUCAUCCCUCCUCCUCCUGUCUGGGUUCAGCGCAACCAGGGGCUAAUGCGGAGCUGGGUAGAGCUGAUCAGAGAAAAGGCGGGUUAUGUGUCUGGGAUGUUGGCCCCCGUAGGCAUCGGCAUAACAGGGGCCCUGCUAAUUGUCGGCGCCCUCUAUAGCAUCAGGAUGAUCCACCGCAAGAGGAGGAACAGCUUUAAACACCAGAGGAGGAAGGUCAGACAGCCAGAGCAACCUCGAGAGCCUGGCACUAGCCGUCAGGACCAGGCCAUGCUGCUGGCUGACAGCUCCGAGGAUGAAUUCUGAUGAAACUGUUUUGGGCUCCUUUUGUCGGUGACCAACGGCCAAUGCUCCUGUAAUGGGGACUCGGAGCCUACAUCACCAUCGCUAUGACUACCGCAUCUCCAAUCACCCUCGGCUGUUUGGCUAUGACUCAUCUGAUCCACAGACUGUGACUGAGUAUAGGGCACAGAUUGCACAGGCUGCACAAAGGUCAGCUUUGUAUCCUCCCACACCCUCUCUAAGAGUACCAAUAUGAGCAUUUCUGUGAAUGUUGUCAGGUGAUGUUGACUCUGAUGGCUUGGCAGGGCUGGUAUGAUGCACUUUGAAAUAAAAAAAAAUAAAAUAAAUAAUAAUCUUGCUGCUCGUAAAAAUAAAAUGCAAUAGCAGGGUAUAGGCUGGAUGAAAGUGUUGCUGGUAAAUAGAGGUUUUGGCUUUGUGGAGUGGAGGGGGAAAGUGGUGUGGACCAGCAGGUUUUCUGACAAGCCAUAAAAGGGCUGUAGAAGAGUUAUAUUACAUAAACAAUGUAAAUAUAUCUACUGUAUAUGUAGCUGACUUAAUUAGCUAGCUUAAUUUAGCAUAAGGCUAGCUAUCCUGGUUGUGUCCAAAUGUGCUGAAACCUGCCUACCAGCACCUUUGAAGCUCACUAAUAAACAUGUACAUAGCUCAGUUUUUGAAUCUCUACAAAAAAGUGUAAAAAUAAUAAUUCACCAUUUAUAGGGGAUUAUGUGCAGUUAGUUACAAGCACAAUGUAAUGUUUAAAUUUUUGAGCUUUAGAGGUGCUGGUAGGUGGAUUUUGUUACAAUCAAACAGAGCCAGGCUACCUGUGUUGCUUAUUUCCAGAGUUUAUGUUAAGCUAAACUAAGCUUAAAUAAGAUAAGCUAAACUAAACCAAGAUAAGAUAAACUAAGCGUCUCCUGGCUGUUAUAUGAGCUUCAUAAUUUCCAAACAGAUGUGAGAGUGAUAUCGGUCUUUUGAGCUAACUCUCUGCAAAAAGCAAAUAAACUUGUUUCCCAAAAUGCUAAACUACACCUUAAAAGAUUUACACACAUUUUGGAAACCUUCACAUACAAAUCAAUUGAAUUAAUGCUUAGUUUAAAUGUGAAUUUUGCAGAAAUGUAAAUGUUUUAUUCAAAGUCAUUUUUUCAUAAAUGUUACUGUGAGAGGCACAUACGAAGUACUACCAUCCUAAAAGUAUGUUGAAUAAAACAGAUUUUGAUGUACAGUAUAACUCUGAUGAACUCAUUCUUUUGCCAUUUGCAAAAUGGUUCUUUCAUCUAAGUGCAUGACAUAUAUUCAUACACAGACCCAUUGCAGCCUUUUUUCUAUUGAAGGAACUAUUUCUUUCUGUUGGCAUUGGAAAAGUACAAACAUGGAGACACUGAGGCAGAAGUUGAUAUUUUGACAAGUCAGAGAUUUUUUUUUAAAACCAGCUCAUUUUGCACAAAAGUGGCUUUUGUGUGUGUUAAUCUGGUCCAGACAAAGGCAGAUAAAGAAGACGCAUUGCCCAACAAGUUUAGCCCCAAUGUCACAUUGCUGAGAUGGAAUGAGAUGUCGUCAGAGAGUCCCUACUUUUUAAAAUAAAAUAAGAGUUAUCAUUUAAUAGAAAACUUAUACUGUGGUGUAGUCCAGAAAAGAUGCAAGAAAUAUAAAUAAUACUAGUCAUUUGCGCCAUGUUUGUAACACCAAUGACUUUGACACAAGGUUUUGUCUUUUGUUCACAGAAAAUAUAUUUUCUGUAACUUCAUGAGCCAUGUGAUCUGCUUAAUGUACAACUGCCUGUUCGUAUGCAAUAAUACUGUUUUAGGAUAAGUGUGAUGUAAA